CGCAAAAAGUCUCAGGACGUUACCACGCUUCCAGACCUUGGAUCUUGCUCUUCUGGCCAACCACCUCGUUCUCUGCUUCCUUUACUUUCCCACCACACUUCUUUCCUUUAGGUACCGGUGAUCGCAGCCAUGCAGGCCUUUCGCCGCAACACUCUUUCUGCUUUGCAGAAUGCUUCCAAGCAGCGCCGGACAUACGUUGGUGCCAGCUCAGCAUAUGCGUCGACUGCCAAGAACCUGCGUAUCAACUCCGACACUCGUGUUAUCUUCCAGGGCUUUACUGGCAAACAGGGAACUUUCCACGCAGAGCAGGCCAUCGCCUACGGCACGAAUGUUGUCGGUGGGACAAACCCUAAGAAGGCUGGAACUACGCAUCUGGACAAGCCUGUCUUUGCAACCGUCAGUGAUGCAGUGAAGGAGACCGGUGCUACCGCGUCAGCCAUCUUCGUCCCCCCUCCAUUGGCCGCCGCGGGUAUCGAAGAAGCCAUUGCAGCCGAGAUUCCUCUCGUUGUUUGCAUCACCGAGGGUAUUCCCCAGCAUGACAUGGUUCGCAUUACAGACAUUUUGAAGACCCAGAACAAAACUCGAUUGGUUGGACCUAACUGCCCUGGUAUUAUUGCUCCGGGCCAAUGCAAAAUUGGUAUCAUGCCUGGUUUCAUCCACAAACGAGGCCGCAUUGGUAUCGUUUCUCGCUCUGGAACGCUCACAUACGAAGCUGUGAACCAAACAACCCAGGCCGGUCUGGGUCAAUCCCUUGUUGUUGGUAUUGGUGGUGACCCAUUCUCAGGCACCAACUUCAUUGACUGCCUUAAGAUCUUCCUCGAAGACGAGGAGACUGACGGUAUCAUCAUGAUCGGUGAAAUCGGCGGUAGCGCCGAAGAGGAUGCUGCUGAAUUCUUGAAGAGCGAGAACAAGAAGAACAAGCCAGCUGUCAGCUUCAUUGCUGGCAUCAGUGCUCCACCUGGUCGACGAAUGGGUCACGCUGGCGCCAUCGUCAGUGGUGGUAAGGGCGGUGCUGACUCUAAGAUCUCUGCUCUUGAGGCUGCUGGUGUUAUCGUCGAGAGAAGCCCUGCUUCUCUUGGCAAGACCCUUCUCGGAGAAUUCGUCAAGCGUGAUCUCGUUUAAGGACGAGAUGUGGUGCGAUAAGCGAUGUGCUGAGUUGACUUGGUCACAAGCUUGACGUUGCAGACUUAAUAUUUUUUAUUGGAACUUGCCACUGUCCCUGUGAUUCAAUAUCUGUGUUCUAUUUGAAGAGUGGGGCAUAAUUCGUUUCGUGUAUACUGUCAUAUUCCCAAUAGAAGUGCUUUGCUUACAUGUUAACACCGUGUCUGACGAACCUCCAAGUAGUCAUAUACAUUUUAUAAAGGCUGUAAGCGCUAGCCUGUUGCCAUGCCCUUGAUUUCAUUAUGAUUAGACUAACUCUAGUAAAAUUAAUUCAAAAUUUUCAUUGACAA